GCAAAAGCAGAAGAAGAGCAAGAAGCCAAGCUAAUGCUAUCUUCAUCCUGUUAGGAUUUUUGUUGUUGUGUAUCUGCUUUUGUCUGCAGUAGUUAGCAUUGCUUUUAAAUAUGCCGAUUGGCCAGCAGCACAUUUGUAUUGACUGAGGUGUAAGCGUUGUAAAGUCUAAGCGGAAAUGCUAAGCGUGGAGUCGUUGCAAGUCGCUGAGGAGGAGGUGGUUGAAUCUAGCUCCAAUAAACUCUGUGACAUUUACACUUUUGUGGCUAAAGGCUGUUUUCCCCAGACGAUGAAUCCUCUACGAAAGAAGAAUCUCAAAAGAUACGCCCAGAAAUUUAUCAUUGAUGAGGGCAAGCUGUACUAUGUUGGACCCAAGAAAGAAGAGAAGAGGGAGGUGGUCAUAGAAGCGGAGAGGAAGAGACAGAUUUUUCUCGACUGCCACUUUAAUGACAUCGGUCAUCACCUGGGCCAAAAGAAGACUGUCCACAGGAUACAGAGCAGAUACUAUUGGCUGGGGAUCAUUAAAGAUGUCGUGGACUGGAUAAAAGUAUGUGAGACCUGUCAGCACACAGAGAGGAAUAAAAACCUGGCAAGGACUGUCCGUCCUUUGAAAGUGGACUCACCUUGGGAUGUAGUUGGGAUUGACAUUAUAGGACCUUUCCCAGAGACCCUGCAAGGCAACAACAGUGUGAUAGUCCUCAUUGAUUACUUCAGUAAAUGGCCAGAAGCUUUUCCAGUCCAGAAGACAGACACCGUCUCUGUUGCGAGAUGUAUUUCUAAAUGCAUAUACAGGUUUGGUGCCCCUAAAACAAUAGUGUGUGCACAGAAUGCUGACUUCUGUGAUGAGGUGACAAAGCUGCUGUGCGACAAGUGGAGCAUCAUGCAGAAGGUUUCUCCUCUGGAUCAACCUCAGCUCAACCCGCUCCACGACUGCACGAGUCCCUUACUGAAAGAAGCUGUGGUGCAGAUGGUAACGGAGAAGCAGGCCGAAUGGGACGACUUCCUGGAACCCGUGCUGUUUCUGUUCAGGAUGUCGACAAACCCUACAACCAAGUUCGCCCCUUAUUCCCUCAUGUUCAACAGGAAAGCUAAUUUACUAAAUGAGACAACAUUGAGCCUGCUGAAUUAUGAUGACCAUGAGCAGGAUAUGUAUUCCACCAAGGAGAAGGCCACAACAUAUAUGAGCAUAAUGCAGGAACAGCAGAACUGUGUGAAGCAGCUGGUGAUAGCCAACAUGAAUGCGGCCUACAAACAAGAAAAGAAGAAGAACGCCAAACGAAGGACCCAUAACAUGCCCUCUAUGACCUUUAAAAUCGCAGAUCCUCUGUUCGGUGCAGGAGACUCACCCUCCCCGAAAAAACUAAAAGAGAGUUUAUAUUUGUCCUUUCCUGUGGAGACAGUGCUGGCUACCGAGCAAGGCAGCUCCGAAGACAUGAAGACUGAGUUAGCCUAUCACCUAGAUGAUGUCCACUGAGGAGGAUCGUAGAGAGGACACAUCAGUGUGCGCUAUCAUGAGCUUCCUGAAGUCUUGGACAGAAGGAUGGUAAUCCAGAUGUUGGUGAAAUGAAUGUGACGACACAGCUGGCGUUGAUGUUUCCCUUGUAGGUGGUUCUCACACUUGGAAACAGAUGACUGGCCAAAGAAAUAGCAGUAAACUUUGACCCACAGGAGCUUUCCCCCUUUUUCCCUAUCAAAAAAAAAAAAAUAUUUCUCAUGAAAAUUGUGUUAACUUAUUUGUUUUCACUUUGUCAUACAACAGACUUUUAAGCUACAGGACUUGAAAAUAAACGUAUUGUUUGAUUUUUUUUUUUAAAGCCCUUGUACAUUGUUGAUACAUGAUGGAAAAUGAGAAUCUAUGGAUUAUGAGCAAUUAUAUAUAUUAUAACUUGGA